AUGGGAGCUGCUACUAAGUUGGCGUUCGCAGUUUUUCUUAUCUCUUGUUCUUCAGGUGCCAUACUUGGCAGAUCAGAAACACAGGAGUGUAUCUACUACAACGCUAACUGGGAAAAAGAUAAAACAAAUCGCAGCGGUAUUGAACCGUGUUACGGUGAUAAAGAUAAAAGACGACACUGUUUUGCUACAUGGAAGAAUAUUUCUGGAUCAAUUGAAAUUGUGAAGCAAGGUUGCUGGCUAGAUGACAUCAAUUGUUAUGACAGGAGUGAUUGCAUAGAGAAGAAAGACAGCCCUGAAGUGUUUUUCUGUUGCUGUGAAGGCAACAUGUGCAAUGAACGCUUCUUCUAUUUUCCAGAGAUGGAGGUCACCCAACCAACUUCCAAUCCUGUGACACCGAAGCCACCUCUGUUCAAUACCUUGCUUUAUUCAUUGGUGCCUAUAAUGGGAAUUGCAGUGAUUGUGCUCAUUUCAUUCUGGAUGUACAGACAUCACAAGCUAGCUUAUCCUCCAGUACUUGUCCCAACCCAAGAUCCUGGACCACCACCACCUUCACCAUUGAUGGGUUUGAAGCCUUUGCAGUUACUAGAGAUCAAAGCUAGAGGAAGGUUUGGUUGUGUAUGGAAAGCUCAGCUGCUGAACGAGUAUGUUGCAGUGAAAAUAUUCCCACUUCAGGACAAACAGUCAUGGCAGAAUGAAUAUGAAAUUUACAGUUUACCUGGCAUGAAGCAUGACAAUAUUUUGCAGUUCAUUGGCGCAGAGAAGCGAGGCAGUAGCAUUGAUGUGGAUCUCUGGUUAAUCACAGCAUUUCAUGAAAAGGGUUCAUUAACAGACUUUCUCAAGGCUAACGUUGUUUCCUGGAAUGAGCUGUGUCAUAUUGCUCAGACAAUGGCCAGAGGCCUGGCUUAUCUCCAUGAAGAUAUACCAGGGCUGAAAGAUGGACACAAACCUGCUAUCUCACACAGGGACAUCAAAAGCAAGAAUGUGCUGCUGAAAAAUAAUCUUACAGCUUGUAUUGCUGAUUUCGGUCUAGCUUUAAAGUUUGAGGCUGGAAAGUCUGCAGGGGACACCCAUGGACAGGUUGGUACACGAAGAUACAUGGCUCCUGAGGUACUAGAAGGUGCUAUUAACUUCCAAAGGGAUGCCUUUCUGAGAAUAGAUAUGUAUGCCAUGGGAUUAGUCCUCUGGGAAUUGGCAUCACGCUGCACAGCUGCAGAUGGCCCAGUAGAUGAGUACAUGUUGCCAUUUGAAGAAGAAAUUGGCCAACACCCCUCCCUUGAAGACAUGCAGGAAGUUGUAGUUCACAAAAAGAAGAGACCUGUUCUAAGAGAGUGUUGGCAGAAACAUUCUGGAAUGGCGAUGCUGUGCGAGACCAUCGAGGAGUGCUGGGAUCACGACGCGGAGGCCAGGCUGUCUGCGGGCUGCGUGGAGGAGCGGAUCCUUCAGAUGCAAAAAUUAACUAACAUUAUAACCACAGAGGACAUCGUGACUGUGGUCACAAUGGUGACAAACGUUGACUUUCCUCCCAAAGAAUCCAGUCUAUGAUAGUUGCACUGGUCACGUCACUGACCACCUGGACUCUUCACUGGAGCUGCUAACGCUGCCGGGACUGCUGCCGGCAUCACUGGGUUUGGUGUGAAAAGAACGGUAAGUCUCACUGGAGCAUCAUCAAGAGGUGGUUUUCCUUGGUUUCCCCCCUUCCUCCUCCCGAACGUGGAUCCAUGAGACUUUUUGCAUUCCCUGCUUACACCUGAAGGACACGUGACUGAGAGAGGAUCCCGUGCUGUUAAGGAACUUAUAUGAAGAAUAUGGACCUGUACUGUCUAAUCAAGCGUUUUAAAAACUGACGUCAGAUUUCUUAAUACUUGUCAGAAGAGACUAAUUCCUUAAAUGAACUACUGUUAUUUUUUUUAAAUCAAACAUUUCAUUUCAGAUUUAAAAA